UUCUUUUUCCAGAAUCAGAAAUUCAAAUUAAUUUGUAUUUGAUCAUAUAUCUCACAUAUUCCCUCCGGAUUCAAUUUCUGUCGGUUUCUCUACUGCGGUUGGUAAUGAUGGAGACACCAUCUGCACCAGCACCAAAGUCACCAUUCAUUACCACCAUAAAAGGCGUGUCAUUCUACUGCGAUCAAUUUGGGUCAGUCAGCUCUAGGGGUAUUUGGUAUGGAAAUCCCUUGCCGUUUGUUUUACCACAUCUCAUGUUACAUCUUGGUUUAGCAAUUCUCUUCUCGGGAACUUGGCGUCACCUUCUUGGGGGGUCUUUGAAGCAACCUAGAUUUGUCACAGACUUGAUGGUAUGAUCCAUAUCCUGUCCGCCUAUUUCAUUUCAAUUUCAAUUAAUUUUUUCCUUCAUUAAUUCUCUAUCAAAUGAUAAAGUUCAGGUUUUGCAUCUAUAAAUCUUUAAUGAUUAACUACUAUUUUCAUGGAUGAAUUUACCAACAAAGUGAUUGGGUACAGAAAAAUGCUAGUGGAAGAGGCCUUAGCCAGCAAAGAAAUUAACAACAAUAACAACAACAAUGUUCUCUAAUAAUAGAAGUCCUUUUUUGGUAUUGUUCUCAAUCUCAAAAUACUUUUCAAUAAAGUAGUUUCUUGCAACAAAAUCUGUUUUGUCACUAUUAAGGCUUUUGUUGCAGAUGGCCCAGUGUGUUGUAGUGGCAUAAUUGAUCAAAUCCACAAACUAAGCAUAGAACAUUAAUUUGAUUGCCAAGCUGUAUAACAGUACUGCUACUUUUUCUCACUUUCAUCUGCGCUGACUGUUUUUUUCUUUUUCUAAAAAAUUGACAUUGAUCACUAGGGUGGUAUCAUCUUAGGACCCUCAGCUAUUGGGUUCAUGAGCAAAAUUUAUGACUCCCUAUACCCGCCUAAGAGUAUGAUUUUGAUCGAUGUCCUAGAAAUGCUUGCCUUCAUGUUCUUGGCUUUCAUUGUUGGAGUGAGGACAGACUUCGGCAUCUUAAAGAAAGCAGGAAGAUUAGGAAUUAUUAUCGGCAUUGGUGUUUUCCUGGUACCAUUGGUAAUGACCCUAAUUGUGGCUACAUUUCUCGCUAGUAAAGUGGAAACAAACCUUAAGGACAUCCUCCCUGUGAUGGCUCCCCUGGUGAGUGGGUCAUCAUUUCAUGUAAUAUCUCUCCUCUUGGAAGACCUCAAGCUUCUUAAUUCAGAACUAGGCCGUCUUGCUCUAUCUUCCUCUAUGAUCAGUGGCAUUUUAAGCUUCUUUACAAGUAUAAUUUUUAUGUCUACACGGAGUAUAACAGCCAGUGGUUUUAGAAGUCCAGUAUUGCCAGCGGAGCUCGGCAGAAUUUUUAUGGUAAUAAUCAUCAUUUUUGGCAUUCGUCGAUUGGUGCUUUGGAUGAUGAGGAAAAUCCCAGAAGGAGAGCCUUUGAAGGAAUCUUAUUUAAUUGGCACAACUGUUAUGAUUUUGAUAGUAGCUUUUGUAAGUGAAUGCACAGGUUCACAAGCCAUGUUUGGUACGGCAGUCUUGGGACUGGCUGUGCCGGCAGGUCCACCGUUGGGUUCAGGGAUUCAGCACAAGCUUGAUUACUUUGUCGCAGCAAUGUUGUUGCCAGCUUAUAUUGUAAAUGUGGGUAUUCACAUCGAUGUUUUUGUUGUAAAGCCAAGCACUUUUGGGUAUGUUGAGCUGAUCAUCUUGGUUGCUACAUUGGGGAAAAUUGUUGCGUCUGUCAUCCCUGCACUCUACUACAAGUACCCUUUUAAGGAUGCUCUGUCACUCGGCCUCAUCUUGAGCUCCCAAGGCUUAUUUGAUGUGCUUUUCUUCUCACGUUUGUUGAAGUUUAAGAUAAUAGAUCCUGAAUGUCACACCAUUAUGACUUUGAUGGCAGCGGUGCACUCGGCUAUUUUUACACCCUUAGUGAGUUACCUCUAUGACCCUUCAAAAAGAUACAUAAACUACAGAAGGCGAACCAUCCAACACUCCAGACCCAACUCAGAAUUCCGAAUCCUCGCAUGCAUUCAUGAGGAAGAUGACCUUCACCAUAUAAUGGAUGUCCUCGAAGUCUCCAAUCCCACCAGAGAAAGCCCCUUAGGUAUUUUUGUCUUAGACUUAGUGGAGCUUGUUGCACGCGCCGACACACUCAUCAUCAACCACAAUCUCCAUGAAAAACACUCCUCGCGGUCCACCAGAACCCAACGGAUCAUCAAUGCCUUUCGCCGUUAUGAACAUCGGUUUGACGGACUUGCAAAAGUCAAUUGUUUCACCGCGAUGACCCCUUAUGUUUCCAUGCACGACGACAUAUGCUCACUAGCCCUUGAGAAGAGUACGUCCUUGUUGAUAGUCCCAUAUCAUAAAUUCGAUAAGCUUGCAAUUAGGGCAGUGAACAAAAAUGUGCUGAACAAAGCCCCAUGCUCAGUAGGCCUCCUAGUGGACAAAGGGAUAGCUUCUAUUUGGAGGUCCAGGGCCGAAAAACAUGUCAUGUUUCAUGUGUGUGUCGUCUUCUUGGGAGGACCAGACUACCGUGAGGCAUUGGCAUAUGCUAUGAGAAUGGUCGAAAACCCUAGCAUAAAACUUACAGUGGUUAGAUUAGUUGCAUCUGUCAAUUAUGUCACCGACUUGACAGAGGCAAGGCUUGAUGUAAAAGCCAUUAGUAAGUUAAGGAUGUUUGGAAGAGAGAACCAUGAGCGAAUCCGGUACAUGGAGCACAGUGUUCAAGAUGGUGUUGAGACAUCUCAGGUGCUUCUAUCGCUCAACGAUGAUUACCAUCUGAUAAUGGUAGGAAGAAGACAUGAUAAUGAGUCCCCUCUGUUGACGGGGCUCACGGAUUGGACUGAUUCGGAGGAAUUGGGAGCCAUUGGAGACAUGCUUGCUUCUUCGGAUAUGAAGAGCAAUGCAGCAGUGUUGGUGUUGCAACAACAAGCUUCAGUAGAAGCGAAUAACUUCUGCAAUAAUGGAAAUUAUAUAACAUCAAUCAAAUAUGAUCAUAUGACGAGUCAUGGACACAUUGACAGAAAAAGCUCUCGCGUUCAUGAUCAAUUGGCAAUCUCUUCUGUAUAGAAUAAAACAGUGAAUGCUGUAAUAUGUACCUUAAUUUAGUUCCUUCUAGUCUGUUGCAUAGAGCAAACAUGCUAGCUAGUGUGCCUUUGUAAAAUUUUCAUUAGUGCUUACAGAAUAUUAAAAGAUGUGUGUAUUUUUUUUUUUUUUUUUGUCCUUUAAUUUUUUUAAAGUUAAGGUUUGGUAGGAUGAACUUUUUCUUUUUGAAAUUAGAAUUGACAUUUGUUGAAAUUCUGAACUAGUAAUACUAUUUCAAUUUCAAUUUCUAGUUAUCAAUUUCAUGCCACCAAACAUAGCAAUAAUGUGUUUUUCUACACAUUUACAGUUUGGUGUAUAUUAUA